AUGGAACAAUGCAGAGUUACGGCGACGCUGCAAACAGGGACCAAGCGGCCCUGCUGCACAUGCUAUGUCCCGGACGAGCUCCUUCGUGACCUGGAGCAUACGGCCACGCCUCGGACAGUAGAUUCGGAGAUGCAUGUGCUACGCAACAUGCUUGCGUGCAAGACCGUGAAAGCUGCGGAAGAGAUUCAGACCGAGUGGUCAACUCAUCCCGUGGAGUUUGUGACGUCCCAAACUUGCAACCCCUCCCGGCAGUGCGUGUUGUCGCGGUGGAACUUCUCGCACACGACGUGGGGAAACCCGUUUGGUGCAUGCGUGGCAGACAUCAUGCACGUGCUGGAUUCGGGGAUGGCCUUGCACAUGCUGGAGAAUCACAUCGCGGUGCUAAGCAAGCCGGAGUGGCGAGAUGUCGAGAGGCGCAAGAAGACAAUUAAGGGAGAGACUCCGAGUGUCAUCUUGCGACUCCCUGGGGGCAGCUCCUACUUCAUGAGCGGCGCGAACUAUGCCGCCUUCGAACACCGCAGCAUGAUGCAGGUGAUGCCCAUCCUGGUGGCGGACAAGUCAGCCCUGCGGUCGGGAAAGGACGGCGAACUGGCCGCGCUGCGCGUGCGUGCUUUCAGGAUGUACGCCACAUUCUACAAGGCCUUUCUGGGGGUCAGCGCACACACGGAGGCCUCCCUCGCAAUCGCACGGGCCCACGCCAUCAAGUUGGUGGAGAUCCUGCCACAGGCAUACCCGGACCACGCAUCGCAUUGGCGCUUUCCCAAGAUCCACAUGAUUGUCCAUUUGCUGGACAAUGUGAUUAUGCGCGGGAUGCCACACCACUACAGCACGGAGAUGUGGGAGCAUACCCACAAGGGGACGGUCAAGAUCCCUGUCAGGGGCAGCAACUGGAAGGACAUCCCCAGGCGCAUCGUGGAGGAGGAGGUGCAGAGGGAGAUCUGCAGGGAGGUGGCACAGGACGCGGGUGGUGGGCGACAGUAUGCGACGGCGCUGUGCGAGGCCGUGGAGAUGAUGAAACCCGUGAUCACGAGGAAGGGCCGCACAAUGCGACCGGCGGAGAAGGGCGACGCGGUGAUGGGUACCUACCGCACGGCACUGGGCGACCUCAUGGAUGCGCUACCAGGCAGCAUAGUGGCUGCUAGGAUCACGGCAUCUGCGGUCGUGGUGCGUACACAUGUGCAGGUGUAUGCACCACUUCGGGUGGUAUCAGCAAGUGCUUAUGCCCCCUACGUGUCCUUUGUUUGUACACAGCAGAACGACGUCCUGCUCCCUAUGCCCCCCUUCAUGCAGGCCCAUACCGCCGUGGCGGUUCCGCGCACCAAAGGUGGAGCACUGGUCUCCAAGGGCGCGUUCAUCAAGGCAAGCCCCAAGGAGAAGUGGUUCACUGACUUUGCAGUGAAGUCACCGAAGAAGGAGGAGUGGUAUGCCAAGGCGCUGUGUAUUUUCAAGGCGGAGACGGCAGAUGGCGACCGGAAGGGGUUUGUGUACGUGCGGUGGUAUGAGAGGGCAGGCAUUUGCCCUCUCACCACCUGCGUGCAGCUGACCCCGUCGCGCAAGGAUACAAGGCACGCAGUGAUUGCUGUGGAGAGCAUCUUGCGGGUUGCACCGCCCGAAAAGGUGUUCACUUUCACGGAGUUCCCACUAAUCCCCACACGGGUGCCGUUAGGGACGUCCGAGCGCGAGCAGCUGUCUCGGGAAUGGCACAUGCCCGUAUGCUUCAUGUACAACGCGACCGGAUGUGUCCGCAAACCGCCGAUUGUUGUUCUACGAAGAGACGACAAGAGGCCCAUACAUGAGGGGCGCAAGAAGGAGCAUGACGUGAAAGUGCGCUACGCGAAGAAUGGGCGCUUUUCUGGCGAGUUGUUCAUGGAGUACAUGGAUGAGUUCAACGGGGAAUUGCAUGCCAAGAACGAGAAGGCGGUGGUGCUGGUGCACAACCCGACGCACACACUCACCGGGUGUGUCAAACGGACCAGCACAGCGGAUGGGUUUGUCGUGGAGGAGUUGACACGAGUGAAGGUUGUGCAGACAUUUGGCGUGAUGCCAGCGGUUGCGUUCUCGGCCAUAAAUGGUGUUGUGGACGCAUUGAAGGCAGUGUUCCGGACGUGGUUUAUGCGGUCGGCGGUCACGAGCCCGGAGUGGACCCGUGAGGGCGUUUUCCCUCGGCCACCGCUGCACGAUGUCCUGUACAAGCAUUUCAUGGCGGGCAAGUUGACGAUGCCUGGAACAAUCCAGAGGAGCUGGUGGCGGGCUGGUACCGUGCCGAAGGGUUGGUUGUCGCGGAUGGACCGCCUGAAAGGUAAAGCUGCGGCUGGAAUGUUUGACUGUCUGGUGGUGGACUUGACGAGUCUGCAGCUGGUGAUUGAGGAGUUCAAAAGCAAGUGCAGCAGCGGGGCGUUCAUGACGGCGUGGGACUUCGUGGGGUGUGACGAAGUCCUCAUUGAGAAGUGGGCGCCAGAGGGGGACGAGGAGGUCGGCUCUGAGGAUGAGAUUCCGGCUUAUUUCUGCAUCCCGGAGGGCCCGCUCAUGUGCGACAGCCGCAGCUGUCGCCGCGUGAGCCGCAUGGUUCACGGUGGUUUCAUUAAGCAUGCGGAGGCGAAGGGUAUUCCGCCACGCGACGUGCCAGAGGAGGCCGGCGUGGUGAAUGAGGAGGUGGUGAGCCGCCUUCGACGCACGCCUACUAAGCGCAUCCGGGCCGGCAGCUCAAGUGAUAAGGGGCUCACGUCAGACGCAUCGGAUGAGGGAGGCCACAUCCCGAAGGCGGGUGUGUUGUUCCCAGUGGAGGAUGCCAAGGAGAGAGUCCCCGCUGGUGUGUCGUGCUACCUCUGGUGCGCGCUCGAGUGCACGUCCACCGGCCGCAUAAUGGGCAUUUUUUCCGACCCGAGUCGCCAGGACAUGCCCGGGCCCGUCGGGUUUGGAGGGAGCUGCCCGCCCGGCGCGCUUUCGCCCGCGAUAGGCGAUCUCGCGGAGCUCUCCUCGCUGGUUUUCCACCACUUGUGCCUCACCGGCGACUUGCCGGACUCCGUCACGCGCCUCCAGAAGCUGACGAAGUUUGAAAUGCCCGAAAACAACUUCUCCGGGCCCAUUCCGUCUCUUCCGCCUGCCCGCACUCCGCUACGCCUUUCGGGGUCCCUUCCUGACGGGCCCGAUGCAUACUUCCCGUCGCUGGAAACGGUUAUCCUGUCCGGCAACGCGCUCUCGGGGGAGCUUCCGCGCGCCCUUCUCCACGCACCUGCAUUGCGCCGGUUGGACCUGCAGAGCAACAACAUCACGGGGGAACUCCCGGGGGGAACGGGCACGUAUUCGCGGAGCAUCACCGCGCUCAGCUUGCGCAACAACAGCCUGUCCGGCGCCAUUCCCCCCGCGCUGGCGGAGAUGACUGCGCUACGGAAUCUCGACCUGGGAGAGAACCGUCUAUCUGGCGCGGUGCCCGCGGCUCUGCGCGACUCCGAGUCGUUCGGGGCACUCGAGGAAGUGCGGCUCGACAGCAACGCGCUCACCGGGCCGUUCUGCGACGCGCUGCUGCCGGCGCGCGAGGUCUGGCUGGGCUUCAACGACCUGGGCGCCACGAGCGCCGGGAGCAGCGCCAGCGCGAGCGGCGGCGGAUGUGAGGAGGAAGGGGGAGGCUCUCUGCACGGCUGCGUGCUUCCCGCAAAGCUAAAGCUACUCAGCGCGCCGCACGCAGGACUCCGGGGAAGCGUUCCCCCCGACCUGUUCCUCGCGACGACCGCGCAGUCGGGGCGCACGCCUCGCUUAUAUUGGACCUGUCGCACAUUCUCCGGCGGCAUUCCCGAGGCGUAUUUCACCGGCAUCUUCACCCGCGUGGACCUGCGGUUUAACGAUUUGCGCGGUCCGCUGUUCGACGCACGCUGGGACUCGCGGUCGCUGCUUUGGGUAUAUGACUGGGACGUGCUGCGCGUGAGCAACAACAGCGCGCGCAUGGUGGGCGCGGUUGGCUCGGGGUACCUCCCCGCGCCGGCGCCUGGCGUGCAGGCCUCCGCUGCGGAGACUGCUGCGCUGCUGGCGGUGCGCGAUGCGCUCCUGGGGGAAGCAGCGGGAGGAGCAGCGGGAGGAGCAGCGAGGGGAGCAGCAGGGGGAUCAGCGGGGAUAGCGGGGUUAGUGAACGGCGGAAGCAGCUCGUGGGCGGAGAUAUUGCGCAGCUGGGACGCGAGCAGCAGCAGCGCGUGUGCGUGGUAUGGCGUGGGAUGCACAGCAGACGGACACGUGGACACACUCCACCUGGAGGGCAACAUCAACGUCACAAUGCAACCCAAGCUGACGCAGCUACGCAUCUCCGGGCACGUCCUCUCCGGCGGCCUGCCGCCGUCCCUAUCGCGCCUCUCCCACCUUGUCGCUCUCGACCUCUCCUCCAACUGCCACCUCUCCGGCUCCAUACCCCCCGCCCUCUUCACUCUCCCCUCGCUACGAGAGCUCACCCUCCGCGGGAACACCACCACAGCAGCAGCAGCAGCAGCAGCAGUGGAAGCACUGUCACCGAGUUUGGAGAUUCUAGACGUGGGGGGAAACGCUCUUUCGGGGUCCAUUGCAGCGCAGGUGGGUCUUCUCACGGGUUUGACACACCUGGUGCUGGACCACAACCGGCUGGACGGCAGCUUGCCAAGGGAGCUCGGCGCGCUCUGGAUGCUCACAGACCUGCAGCUGCAGGGGAACGCCCUCCAGGGGGACGUCUCUGCGCUCGCUGCCGCCUUCCCCGCUGCCGCUUCUGCUCCCGGCAACUCUGCUGCCUCCAGUGCGCCUCUCUUCUGGGGUCUCCGCGGGGUGUUUCUGCUGCUGACCCGUCUGGACGUCAGCAGCAACGAGCUCUCAUGCGGCGCAGCCACACUCUUCCCCCGCGACCAAGAAUUCCACACGCUAAACUUCUCAAACAACCACCUCACGUGGGGCCCCGGCAGCAAUGCCUCCUGGCACGCUGACUGCCUGGACCUCUCACACAACCGCAUCAGCGCCCCGCUGCAGGACUUCUUCGGAGACUUGUCCAAGGGGUUCAAUUCGGCGGUUCUGCGUCUGUCCCACAACCAGCUGUCGGGACCCAUCCCUGCCCCGCUCCUAGGACAUAGAGUGACGCACGAGUUGGACCUCUCACACAACCUGCUCACGGGUUCAAUUUCUGCUGUCUUCAACAACUUACAAUCGGAGAUACUCGAUCUGUCGCACAAUCAGCUGACUGGCAUCGUUCCUCAGCUUGGUGGCACCACACGCCUACCCCUUUCCUUCUUGGACCUCUCUUCCAAUAAUCUCACAGGAAGCAUCUCCAGCGCCCUCAUGGCUGGCCUUACAGCCCUAACCCACCUAAAUAUCUCCAACAACCUGCUCUCCGGCUCGCUGCCCCCUUCGCUCGCUCGUGUCCCUCCUCUCACCCACCUGGACCUCUCACGCAACAAGCUCAAAGGCUCCCUGCCUGCCUUGGGCCAGGGUCAGCAGCGCCUCGCAUACCUGGACCUCUCUUUCAAUGCGUUCACUGGCAGCGUUGCAGAGAAUAACUAUCCGUGCUCACAGCAACAGGCAGCCGUUUCAGCAGGGCUGGUGUGUGCGUGCGGGGCAGAGGUUCGGCUGAGCCACAAUGAGCUCACUGGUUUCGUCUUCUCCUCGUGCCUCUCGCUGCUCGACCUCUCACACAACCAGCUCUCUGGCCCCAUCCCAGAGCCCCCCCAGGGGAACAGCCAACUUGCCUACUUGGACCUAUCGUUCAACAAGCUCACAGGAAGCAUCUCUGAUGCUCUUGUCACCGGCCUCACAGCCCUAUCCCACCUGGACCUCUCCAAUAACCUGCUCCCAGGCUCGCUGCCGCGCUCCCUCGCCCUGGUCCCUUUGCUAACGCACCUGGACCUCUCUCGCAACAAGCUCAAGGACUCCCUGCCUGCCUUCUGCCAGGGCAAGCAGCGCCUCGCCUCUCUCCUCCUCUCCUCCAAUGCUUUCUCCGGACCCCUCUCCUCCCUCCUCCCCUCCUCCUCCUCCUCCUGCGCCUCCUCCCUCCUCUCCCUCAACGUCUCCACCAACCAGCUCUCCGGCUCGCUCCCCUCGUCCCUCUCGCGCUUCACCGCUCUGCAAUCCUUGCUAGCGGCGCGCAACCGCAUGAGCGGCAGCAUCCCUGCAGGGCUGGCAUCCCUAACGGCUCUGCAGGAGCUGGACGUGUCGUGGAGCGGGCUGUCAGGCAUCAUCCCUGUGCUGCUGCAUGCUGCUGCCCCCUCCCUGCAAGUGCAGCUCGCUGGCAACGCCCUCUCUGGCUCCAUCCCCCCCUCUCUCUCCGACCUGCCCACCUCCUACUUCUGCCUCGGCAACCCCAAGCUCUGUGGAAAGCCCCUGCCUGACUGCAAGAAGCGCUCCACGAAGCCCAGGAAGGGCCGGGUGUAA